AUGUCUUCCAAGACCUCACCGUCCGAUACUCAGGGCAGUAGUCCCGCGGGACAGACCUCCGAAUCUACGUCGACGUCGACUGGCAAGGCGACCCCGACCCCUCCAAACGCCAACGCCGAUGUCGAACUAAAGAACAUGCAGUCCAAUGCGCCCAAGGGCUCUAUCCCUUUAGGCGAGGACAUUAUGCAACUGGCUCGUAUUGGAGAGAUUGGCGCGAUGCAGAGUCUGUUUGCGACCAAGAAAUUGACCGCAAACCACCGAGACGAAGAAGGAAUAACUCCGCUACACUGGGCUGCGAUUAACAAUCAAUAUGCCAUGUGCAAGUUCCUCCUGGAUUCGGGCGCCGACGUGAACGCAAAGGGUGGAGAGUCGGUGGCUACCCCAGCCAUGUGGGCCGCGCAGCGAUGCCACUACUAUAUCGUCAAUCUACUCCUCUCGUAUGGUGCCGACCCGCUCUUGACCGACGUGCAAGGAUACAAUAUUCUCCAUCUCGCGACAAUCGACGGCAACGCGUUCCUGCUCGUGCUGCUGCUCCACCAGGAGAUCCCCGUGGACGUGGUCGACCAGCAAGGCCACACAGGACUGAUGUGGGCUGCUUACAAGGGAUACCCGACAUGCGUGGAUCUAUUCUUGCGAUGGGGCGCCAAUGCCAAUGCAGUGGAUGAAGGCGGGUUGACCCCGCUUCACUGGGCGUUGGUGAAGGGUUCUCUGCCCUGUGUCCUGAAACUGUUGGAAUACGGUGCGGACCGAUUCGCAAAGACGAGAGACGGCAAGUCUCCGAAUACUGUUGCCCAAGAGAUGAACACGCUGCGGAUCUGGUACCGUGCGCUGAACGAGCGAGGUUAUGAGCCGGAUGGUAGCCAGAAGGCGGUGCCCAUGGGCCUGUCAAGUUUCGUUCGGAACAAGAGUUUCAUGGCCAAGUUUUUCUUCCUUUGGCCGUUUUUGACUAUUCUUCUUGCCCUUUGGCUACUCAGCAAUGUUGUCAUCUUUCUUAGCAUUCCCCUUGCGUUGGUAACGCUAUUUGGUAUGCAGUGGGUUGCGCAACAGCUGGCGAACAAGGGUCCUGCGGAGUAUCGCAUUCUGCAGAAGACGCCCUAUCUCGCAGGUGUUUUCGCAGGCUCACUGUUCUGGGUUGGCUUCUGCUACGUUUUCAAGGUGCUCCCGGCUACCUACUCGAUUUCACCGAUCUUGAACAUUCUGUUCACGGUAUUCUACUGCUUGACAACAUACUUCUACAUCUACGCAAUGAUCGAGGACCCAGGCUAUGUUCCCAAGAUCAGCAGCCGGAAUCAGCAGAGGGAGGUGGUCAACCAACUCUUCGAGCUCUGGAAGUUCGACGAAGAGAACUUCUGCGUCCCUUGCAUGUCCAGGAAGCCUCUUCGUAGCAAACACUGCCGCCGUUGCGGUCGCUGUGUUGCUAAGCAUGACCACCACUGCCCUUGGAUCGAUAACUGUGUCGGAGCAAACAACCUCCGCCACUUUGUCAUGUACAUUAUUUCCCUUGAAGUCGGCAUCAUUUUGUUUGUGCAGCUUACUGUUCGAUACAUCAACGUUCUUCCAGCCCCAAAGGCCGCCUCUUGCAACGUCAUCAACGACGCCCUGUGUGACUAUGUUUCCCGAGACACCUUCACACUUGUCCUCGACAUUUGGAUCAUUCUCCAAUUGGUCUGGGUCACGAUGCUGUGUGCUGUCCAGCUGGUUCAGAUCUCGCGCAACCAGACCACAUAUGAGAACAUGCGGGGUCACCACAUCGAUCGUUCCUACCCUAGCUCCCAGGCCUUUGCCUCCGCAAUGACAGCGGGCACGACAUCCCUGGAUGCAGCUGGUCUUUCUGCCGCCGGACAAGGUCCCAACCCGGCUCUGGCACGACCCCACCCUCCUCGCCGUCGUCACGGCUGCUUCCAGCAGUGGUCCUCUCUUCUGGGUAUCGAUACCUUCUUCGCUACUGCACGGGACGGACUUCGCGAGGGACAACAUGCCGCACGACCUCGCAACCCCUUUUCCCACGGCGUGGCAACCAAUUGCCGGGACUUCUGGUGCGAUCCAGCUCCCAUUUUCGGCAAACGCCAGACAGGUUCAGCAAUGCUCGGUGGCGAGGUUGUCAACUAUCACGACAUGUAUGAGACCCCGAUGCGCAUGCACGCAGGCAGUCGCUCUGGCGAUGGAGGUGCCUACCGCAGUGUGGCGGGCGAGGACCCCGAGCGCAUGGUUUAG